AUGUCCUCCAACAUGGAAGCAAGUGAGAUGUCCCUGCCAUUCACUCGAAAGCUAGUUGCCACACACCUCCCGCUUGGACAAGCAAAGAACAUUCUCGACCUUCCCAACGAGAUCCUCCAACAAGUUGCCAGCCUCCUCUCAACUGAUCAGGAUGUCCUUCAUCUCUCUCAGACAUGCAAGGCAAUAUGGGCUCAAAUUUAUGCCCCAGAGUCAGCCCUCUGGCGAACUCUUUUUGCCAACCGCUACGACGUUCUAUCUCUCCGACCCUCGAACGAGUUCAGAAACGAGUAUCUCAUUCGAGCCAUUAUCCUUGGUGCAAAAUUUCACUUCGCAGAAAAGGAAGAUGACCGGCAGAACAUGUGCAUGGAAGUGAUGAAGACGAUGCUCGAAGAAGUCAUUACAGUUCAUCUCAAAGCAGGUUGUCCCUCCAAGACAUUAGACCGACUUCGAGUAUCUCUCAGUACUAUGGACUUUCUCAAAUGCCCCCAGAAAAAUGAACCAUCCGAGCGGUUCUUCGCUCUCCAGCUGGCUAUGACUCCCCUUGCACUCGACUCGACAAUUACCCGAGCAUGUCACAGGGAUGAUUAUAAUCUGGCUACGAUCUACUCAUUCGGCGAACAAUUGGGCAUGCCAUUCAUUGGCCAUAACGACCUCAAUCUCGAGAGAGUGCUGCAAAUGCGGAGCUUCUGGCAACGUCACUUGUUGACCGAGUCAGAGCUUACCUACCAUGAGACCUUCGCAUCUCUUCCUGCGCACCUAAAGCCCGGGGUCCGAAAGGUCCACGCAAAGGAUUUGAGCGAGCUGAGUACCUCAUGGCUGGGUCUGUACUCUUGCCUGCACCCCCUGCCUGAUUCGUUGGAGGAACUCACCGACCUCAACCGCCAGACAUGCGCUGAUUUGGAGGACCAUGCCGAUGCAAUCGAAGUCAUGACACUCAAAGUCAAAUCACAGCCAGACGUGGAGGUUUUCUGGCCGGAGGUGUGCACCAUGAUUGCGCCCCCAGUUGGGCCCGCGACUGGCCGCACGUAUUUCCAGGGCAAACAGAUGAUACAUGAAAACCCUGGCGAGGAGGACAAUACUGUUUUCGGAUUUACCGAAGACAUAGAGGUAACCUUUGGCGGUAUCGGUGGAUGGAAGCGCAUUUGCUUCACCAUCUGCCAGGGCGACACCAGCACGGACUUCGGCAGUAAAAUGGCCGGGGAUGACUGGGUGCACUGCUAUGAGGCCUUGAUAAUUCCAGGAGGACGGGCAAUGCUGGGACGCUGGGUGGACGCAAAGAACGAGACAGGUCGGGGGCCUUUCAUUUUCUGGGAUUUGUGA